GUAGAACCUGUACUAGACGGAGAGCUCGAGCGCUGCUCGUGAGAGGACAGCGCUCGUCAGCGGGAAUGGCGGAGACCGUUUGCUCGCUCUUCGACUACCGGGAGCCGCCGACGCUGGACAGCAACGGAGAGAGCAGCAAACCGCCACCGCCGCGAGGACGUGGCUGUGGAAGGAAAAGGAAAGGGACACCAGUAAAAGUGUGUGACAGAGUUUUUGCUACAGAGGAUGAGGAGGAGAGCAUGUCUGAGAACAGCUAUGGACCAGAGAAAGGUGAUGGUCAUGAGGACAAACACAGAGUGCCUGCUGCUGAUGGAUCAUACUAUGAAACUCAAUCUGCUCAGCUCUGCAGUGUAAGUGAGGAGGGCUCUAGCAGAGGGAGGGGGGCCGUCUCAUACCCCCCACCACCAAACUGCCGCAUUCGUGAAGUGCACUGUGGAAAUCAAGUGCGACUAACUGUCAUAGCGAUCCGUGACAUCGCUAAGGGGGAGGAGAUCACUGUGGAUUACAGUUUGACCGAGUGGGGAGAAAACGCUAUGGGUUUCCAUGGCGCUGUAUCUCCUAGUAGCUUUGAUUGCAGCUCAGACCAUGAAAGAAACAUUAAGAAGGAGGAAGAGUCUGGCCCAGUUCCACUUUCUGCAUCAGAAUACCUCACACCUUCCUGGUCUCUCUCUCCUUCCUCCUCUCCUCUGUCUCACUCUGAGCCCAGUGAUUCAGACCUUGACUCGGAUGAUGCCAAUGGAGAGACACGCAUGCGAAUACCUCACCGCCGCAAGAGGCACAAAGCCCUGUCUGCACAUGCUAAGAGAAAAGCACUUCAACGACCCCCCAGCCAUCCUCCCACUUUUCCACACUCCCUCCUGUCCUCCUCACUGCAGCCUGCUGCUCCCUCCAGUCCUGUGUUUAAGUGCCCGCCGUCUGCAGGAGUUCCUGCUAAUAGUGUCAAUGUGUCAGUGGGUCGUGGGCAGAGCAUCAUGGCACAGAAACAGCGCUGUGUUUACUGUGGUCGUCACUUCCGAUCUCUCCCACGCCAUCUGGAUAAACACCACGCCCACCAGCCGGACGUGUGCUCUGCAAUGGUACAAGCAUGCACCUCUGGUGACCCUCCUUGUGUAAAGUCACCUCUUCCAUCAUCGAGCAAGCAGUCCCAAUGCCUUCAAGUGACUCCUGUUCCAGGUGUGGUGGUGGGAACACCACAGUCACCACCCUCUACUUCUUUGUCUCCGGUCAGAAGGAGCCCUGCCCUCUCUAGCCCUAUUUGCAAAAGUCCUACCCCAGCCCCGACAACUCCGCCCAGAAGAGGAGGCUUUUUAGUGUUUGUAUUGUAUUGUAUUCUAAAUUUUCAUUUUAGUAUUUCCUUAUAA